CGUCCUGUGGGCAGGAGCCAUUAUUCUACUCUUAGGUGUUUAGUGUGAAACGUGCUUCACGGGAAAUAUUUAUUUCACAUUAUUUGAAGAAAGAUGAAAUUCUCAUACAAGUUCAGUAAUUUACUUGGCACAGUUUAUCGUAAAGGAGAUCUAUUGUUUUCUCCAGAUGGGUCAUCAGUUAUUAGUCCUGUAGGUAAUAGAAUCACAAUUUAUGACUUAAAGAAUAAUAAGUCUAGAACACUUCCUGUGGAAAGCAGAUAUAAUUAUGUUACUAUUGAUAUAUCUCCAAAUGGUAGCAUGUUGGUUGCAAUUAAUACAGAUGGUGAAGCUCACAUAAUAAGUCUGAUAACUAAAGUUAUUUUACACAAGUACAGAUUUAAAGGACGUCCAAAGUGUGUUAAAUUUUCCCCAGAUGGAAAAUAUUUUGCAGUUUCUAAAGGAGGUGGUGUUGUUGUCUUUAAUGCACCUUGCUUACAAAGUGGGAAUUAUAAUCCAUUUGUUAUGAUACAUGCAUUUCAUGGACCUACUGCUGAAACAACAUGCCUCAGUUGGUCUUUUGAUUCAAAACUAUUAGCAGUUGGUUCCAAAGAUACUACUGUAAGAGUGUAUAGUUUACAAAAGUGGGCGAAUUUUAGGGUAAUUACAUUGGGCUGCCACUCUGAUGUAAUCGUAGGAUGUUUCUUUGAGAAUAAGAAUUAUGAUCUAUAUACUAUUAGCAGAAAUGGCCGGACUUGUAUCUGGGAAUGUACAAUUGAUCCAGACGAUUUAGUUCAAUGGAAUCCACCUUUAAAAAAGAGAAGACCUAUGGAUAGUGACAGUGAAGAUGAUAUUGAUAUAAGUAAAGCUAUAGAGAAGCCAAAAGCUCAUACUUCAGAUGGUAAUUUGUUAGAAUCAGAGGAUUUGCUACGAGAUAAUGAUGUAAAAGAAGAAGAGGGUAUAGAAGAAGAUGCUGCAGAAAAAAGUGUUCUUGAUGCUGCUAACGAAAUCAAAAGGCUAGCUUACAAGAAGUUGGCGCGUCAUUACUUAGCAGAUGAGCCUCGAAAGUACGACAAGGAUGUAAGACUUACUGCAGCUGCUUAUCAUCGAGAUACACAUAUAUUGGUUGUUGGAUUCAAUAUUGGUUCCUUUUAUUUAUACGAAAUGCCUGACGUCAAUAUGAUUCAUUCAUUGAGUAUUUCUCGACAGCGUAUUUCGUCAAUCGCUCUAAAUUCUACUGGUGAUUGGAUAGCUAUAGGAUGCUCUCAUGCUGGACAAUUAUUAGUUUGGGAAUGGCAGAGCGAGACGUAUGCCAUGAAACAACAGGGACACCGAACUAAUAUGAAUUGUCUAGCAUAUAGUCCGGACGGCCAGUACAUCGUGACUGGUGGCGAUGAUGGUAAAAUGAAAUUAUGGAAUACAGUGUCUGGAUUUUGUACGCUCACAUUCCACGAACACACCUCGGCUAUUUCGGAUGUGCUAUUCAGUCAUAAUCGUAAAUUCAUCGCGUCUGCUUCGCUGGACGGAACUAUUCGCGCAUAUGAUCUAGUGAGGUACAGAAAUUUUCGUACUCUCACUUCGCCACGACCAGCGCAAUUUACUUGUAUGGCGAUCGAUGCGAGUGACGAGUUUCUCGCGGCGGGUGACCAAGAUUUCUUUGAGGUGUUCUUGUGGAGCAUGAAACUUGGAACUCUCUUAGAGAUAUUGAGCGGUCAUACGGGACCCGUUGCGAGUUUGGCAUUUAACCCCAAUAUUACCAGCACAGAAUUAGCAUCUGUAUCCUGGGAUAAAACGUUGAAAAUAUGGAAUGCCAUUGAGCAUGGUUCCACACAUGAAACUAUGAUAUUAACGGCUGACGCGUUAUGCGUAACUUAUAAACCAAACGGGGAAGAAGUCGCAGUCGCCACGUUGGACGGACAAAUUUUAUUUUUCAAUUGUAAAACUGCGAGACAGACGGGCUAUAUCGAGGGCAGGAACGAUUUAGGCGCUGGUAGAUCCAAGACCGAUCUCAUUACAGCAAAAAAAAAUUUGCAGGGGAAAGCUUUUACUACUUUAUGUUACUCGGCUGAUGGUACAUGCAUAUUAGCCGGUGGCCGCUCGAAAAAUGUAUGCAUUUAUAAUGUUGAAGUGUGUACAUUGUUGAAAAAAUAUGAGAUCACUCAGAACAGAUCUUUGGAUGGUGUAGAGGAUGUUAUAAACAGAAGAUACAUGACUGAAUUUGGGAACAUGGCCCUAGUCGAGCAUCGCGAAGGCGGGAAUAUAUCAUUACACUUGCCAGGUGUUAGAGCCGGUGAUAUGGCAAGCAGGAAAGUUAAACCCGAAGUGAGAGUACUUAGAUUACAAUUCUCGCCUACAGGGCAAGCGUGGGCUGCAGUGACAACAGAGGGUUUAUUGAUAUACUCUUUAGAUAUUGGAUUGAUGUUCGAUCCCUUCGAGUUAGAACUUGGAGUUACACCAGACACGGUAAAGGAAACGCUUGAAAAACAAGACUACGCCAAAGCAUUGAUGAUGGCGUUGAAGUUAAACGAGCAGUUAUUAACACAACAAGUUUUAGAGGCUGUUCCAUACAAAAGUAUUGGAUUAACGACAGCGAGUAUACCAGAUGUUUACAUAGAGAAGUUAUUGAAAUUUAUAGCAUCCGAACUGGAAUCAACUAGACAUAUACAUUUUUAUCUUCUCUGGGUAGAAGUAAUCUUGACAAAACGUGGAUCACAGAUUAAUACUGCGCUUCAGAUGCCAGUGUUGUUAAUGUUGCAGAAGAAUAUGCAGAAAAAAUACGACGACUUGAGUAAAAUAUGCGAUUUUAACCAAUAUACGUUGAAUUAUAUACUGAGUGUAGGAGAACUAAAAUCGACGAAAGACGUAUCCAAACAUACAUGGAGUGACAGUGAGUCGGAUAAUGACGAUUCGAUCAAUAUCUUGAAAGAUUCUUCCACGGAUCUAGAAGAUUGGAGCGAAGAAGAAAAAGAAUAAAUAUUUUGGAAUCAUAAAAUAGAUUCAGCUACAUGAAUAUUCUUGGCAGAACGAAGUGAGAGGCAAAAUAUAGGGAGACUUCUGUUUUUAUCUGUGUAGGUAAGACAUAAAUGUUUUUUGACAAAAAUGACAGAAACUACAUAAAUCCUCAUUUAAGAACGUGUAGCAUAAAUAAAUUAUUUCAUUAAAAUAUUAAAUUAUAAACCAGUAAGAGGCAACACAAAAAGUAACCAGUUACGCAAAAUACUUCGGCACGUAUAUAGUUAUGUACUAUAUGGCUACAUUCGCUUUGGGCGCUUAUACGCUGUAAGCGUCAUUCUAUCUUCUUCCCGCAUAUAAUGAGCGAUAAAGAUAGAAUGACGCUUAAAGUAAGCGUAAGUGCGUAAGCGCCCAAAGCGAACACAGCCUAUAUGUAUGUAUGUAUGUAUGUAUGUAUAUUCAUGCAUAUCAUUGUACACAACGGAUGUUUUACGGUAUUCAAUUAGAGUUCCAUAUAAUAUGUUUAAACGAAAAAACAUUUAAACGUGUACCCGAAAAUCGUGUCGCAGCAGCAGCCUUAGUUUCGACUUUCUUCAUUGUUCUUCUUGUGUUGGUUCUUACUGCCUUAUAAUUUGAUAUUUCGAUUAUGUAUCCAAGAGCCUUAUAAUACUUAAUUUAAUUUUUAUAUUAUGGGUACGGCUCAGUAAGCACUACAAAUGCUUUGUAACGUUUUUACUUUCUUUUUUCGAAUCCGAGAAAUAAAACAAGAGAAACACUGCGCAGCAUUUGUAGCGGUUACUGGACUGUGCCCUAUUUCAUCACAUAAGAACAAAAGUCUAACUUCAGAUUAAUGAAAUUACAUAAAUUUUUAUUUAAAUGAAGGUUUUAAAGAAAAUAUAGAAUAACAUUUACAUAAUUAGGCGCUACAUCUUAUCAUACAUUUAAAUUACAUUUAAAUUGUCACUUGCCAGCUAUUACUGACAUUAAUGCACACACAACAAAGAACAGAGGAUCACUGAUGUUUUGUCUCCUUUUCCGUUCUGCCAAAUCCAAUUUAUUUCCUAAAGAAGUAUAUAUGAUAUGUUGCAUCUAUUUCUUAUGUCUAUGGAAGAAAAGUCACCAAUUAGGCUUUUUAUUGAAAUUUUAUAGAAAACGUUCUUUAAUACUGUAUAUAUAAUGUACAUAUAAUAACUUUUUUAUAAAAUAUAUUUAUUUUUAAAAUAAA